GUCACGUAGACGGGACUAUAAUCAACAAUUGAAGCUGACAACGUGAUUUUGAUGUUUCAGCAAGAAAUCGAAACGUUACCACUGGCACUGGGACUAGCUUUGUAAGUCCACCGUAUCGAUUCCUGCGGCCCUGAUGAUGUGUAUAUAAUAAUGUUGCAAUAGCCUGCGUGCGGCAGGCAUUCUCAACACCCACCUUUUAUAUUGCAUCAUCGUCUCGUUGUAAUGGAUAUCACUGAAAAACAGCAGUUGUUAUUUCACUUGAACGCCGUUCUCGUGGCAAACAGCAUUCUGAUGUACGAUCAUAUAGUGACCCUCCCAGAAGAACUCGCGUUUAUUUGGCGUCGUCCAAAAUUACUGUCUCCAACGUUGUUUCUCGCCAAUCGCUAUGUUGCCCUGGUGGGCAAUAUCUUUGGCUUGUUUAUCGAUUUCCUGCCCGCAGUUUCGGAUGAGAGCUGUUCGAGGUAUAUGCUAGUCAGAGAGCUGUUCCUUUAUCUCCAACAAAUCAUUGUUUGCGUCAUAUUGACUCUGCGGAUUUACGCACUGUACGGUCGUAGCAGGCGCCUGCUCGGUUACAUAGUAAUUAUCGGCCUUGCUCUUAUGGGAGGAGCAUCAGCGGGUUCUUUUGGAAAUAAUUCAAAUACUGCGAUUUACAUCCAAGGAAGUGAUUGUCAUAACACAUUCACAGCAAAGAUAGCCAUGCGUUAUGGACUGGCUUGGAUUGCAGUUUUUGUCUUCGAAUUACUUAUAUUUGUCCUUACAGUCUUCAGGACUUGCAAGACUAGGGGAUCUCCGCGGUUGAUUCCAUCCAGCAGAAAUAUCAUUGAUAUCAUAUUUCGAGAUGGUGCAAUGUAUUUCGCAGCGAUGACAUUGAUUAAUCUACCUAACAUCCUGACAUACUACUGUGGUUCAGUGAGCACGCACUGCAUCUUACAAUCGGGUUGGCUACUUCCUGACAACUGACAAGGAUAUCACCAGAG